GGCGGUGGACAGGCGCGGCUGAGGCUCCCGUCGUCGCCAUGGGUCGCCGCCCCGCUCGCUGUUACCGGUACUGUAAGAACAAGCCGUACCCCAAGUCCCGUUUCUGCCGAGGGGUCCCCGACGCGAAGAUCCGCAUCUUUGACCUGGGUCGGAAGAAGGCGAAGGUGGACGAGUUCCCGCUCUGUGGCCACAUGGUGUCGGACGAGUACGAGCAGCUGUCGUCCGAAGCCCUGGAGGCCGCCCGCAUCUGCGCCAACAAGUACAUGGUCAAGAGCUGUGGCAAGGACGGCUUCCACAUCCGAGUGCGGCUGCAUCCCUUCCACGUCAUCCGCAUCAACAAGAUGCUGUCCUGCGCGGGCGCCGACCGCCUCCAGACCGGCAUGCGGGGCGCCUUUGGGAAACCGCAGGGCACCGUGGCGAGGGUCCACAUCGGCCAGGUCAUCAUGUCCAUCCGCACCAAGCUGCAGAACAAGGAGCACGUGAUCGAGGCCCUGCGCAGAGCCAAGUUCAAGUUCCCGGGCCGCCAGAAAAUACACAUCUCCAAGAAGUGGGGCUUCACCAAGUUCAACGCCGAUGAAUUUGAAGACAAGGUGGCGGCGAAGCGCCUCAUCCCUGAUGGCUGCGGAGUCAAAUACAUCCCCGAACGUGGACCCCUGGACAAGUGGCGGGCCCUGCAUUCCUGAGGACUUCGCUGCCAGAAAAGAAGCACCGGUGACGGUUAUAGUUUGAAAACGUUAAUUCCGUUUAUAGCGUAUGGAAGGUUAGUUUGCAUCUUACGGAACGUUACAGUGGAACAUACCUGCCUUGUUUAAGGAAUCAGAAAACUGCAGUUUUGAGAACACAUUUGCUAUGUUGGGCCGUCUACUUUAAAAUUCUUGGACUGUACUGCAGUAUGGCAAACGUUGUUUACUGAGGGCAUAAAGGAUACUGUUAUUAUCUUGGAUUAGGAGUGCUAGCAGAAUUGGAAGAUGUGUGUGGAAAAAAAACUGAUUUCUAGAAAGCUAAACAUGAAAAUUAUAUUUCAA